UAAAUAAUAUAUUGUUUUUUAAUAUUUAUAUUUCUUUAUUUUCAUAGUAUCUACAAUUUUAAAAAAUUUGUUAUGAUGGUUCGUUUUCAAACUAUGACACCACAAGAAUAUAAAACAAAUCACCGAAAUUUCAAGAUAAUUUAUGGUUUUUAUCCUACACCUUUUGGAAAUUGUUUAAUCGGCAUUACUAAUACUGAUAAUGCUAUUAUAUAUCUAGGAUUUGUCGACAAAAGUAACGAAGAAGCAUUAGCUGAAUUAAAAAGCAAUUGGCCUUUUUCCGAAUUGAUUAAGAACAUUGGAAAUGAAAUAAAUGAAAUUAUAGAAAAAAUUUUUUUCGAACAAAUAUCUACAAAUGAUUCUAUUUUAGUUCUUAUGAAGGGUACAGAAUUUCAAAUAAAAGUUUGGGAAGCUUUAAUGUUUAUAUCAGAUGGUACAACUGUUACUUACGAACAGAUUGCGCAAAAUAUAGGUAAACCAAAAGCUGUACGUGCUGUUGGAAAUGCAAUAAUGAAAAAUUAUAUUGCAUAUUUGGUGCCAUGUCAUCGUGUAGUAGGAAAAUCUGGUAGUAAUAAAUAUAAAUGGGGAACGAAACGUAAAGAAGAUCUUUUGAUACAUGAACGUCUUUCAGAUGUCAAAAUAAUAAAGACUAUAAAUUUGUGACUUUUUUAAAUUAAAUAAAAUUAAUUAAUAAUUAUUUUUAAAAUUAAAGAAUUGGCAAUAACAUCAAUAAUUUGGCAUCUGAUAGACUUAUUGUUAAACACACUAUGACUGAAGAAGUAUUAUCUACAUUGUAAACAUUAUUAUGAAUUUUAUAUAUUAAUAAAC